CACCCCGGCUGCUGGGCCGCGACACGAUCGUUCCGCUGCACGAUCGUUCCGCCGCGGCGCCGGGCGGGAGCGGCUUCCGGGGGCCGCGGGGAGCGCUCCGCGCUGUGUCCCGGCACCAUGGCGCGCAAGAAGCUGUACCGGCCCAUCGCCGCCAUGGCCAAGAAGAUCCGCGAGUACCGGGCGCUGAAGAACCGGCCGCGGGACUCGCAGCGCUUCGCCCUGGACUACGAGACCAUGCGGCGGCCGCUGACGGAGAAGCGGCUGCCGGUGCGGGCCUGGGAGGACGUGCGGAACGAGAACCGGCUCUUCACGCUGCUCUGCCGCCUGCCGCAGUUCGGCGUGGGCCGCACCGUCACCCGCAAGUCCUGGCUGUGGGAGUACGACGAGCCCUGCUACUGGGUCAUCACCAAGGUGAAGGCGGACUACACGGCCGAGAACAUGGAUCAUGGGAGAGCUUGGGGCUACCUGACCUUCAGAGGCAAAACCGAAGAAGAAGUGAGAGAGAUCGACAAAGUCAUGUACCACGACUGGCGUAUGGUGCCCAAGCACGAGGAAGAGGCCUUCAAGAAAUUCACCCCAGUGCCAGAGGAGACCAUUCAGUACGUUCCGUACCCGCCUCUGCUCCGAGCCAUGAUCCUUGCGCGGUGGCAGAAAGAGGGAAAACCAAUCACCGAGGAGCCAGUGAUUGAUCUGAAGAGGUUCAUGGCCUCUCCCUUUUGGAGUGCAAAGAAAAAAGCUGCAGGAACAUCUGUGUAAAGACUUGUUCCACGUCCUGAGCUCCCCACAUGCUGUCGCUGCAUGUUAGAAGCAUGUAAUCUUACAGAAAACUGUCUGCUGCGGAAUGGUGUAUCUGGGUUUCCUAGCACUGUACAGUCACCUCAUCUGAAAGAUGCAGCUGCAUUCAGAUUGUUUUAUCCGUAACUUUGGUCUCAGUCAGCCCAGAAGCCUUCUCGGUUCCUUGUGUAGUCUCUGAAUGCAGAGCUCCUGUCAUCCAGUUACAGUUCGUCAGAGCACAGUUUUCUUUACAGCCUGAAAAUGUCGUUUCUAAGAACAUUUUUCAGACAAUUUGGGUUCUACAUAAAUCACAGAAAAAUGAAAAUAUAAUGUUAUUUCACAGGGGUGUGUACAAACGUAUCUGCUAACAGAAAUAAAUGUUUUGUUUUUUAUGCAGCACAGUUAUAAGAAAA